CUUUGCCUAGCUACGGAGAAAGCGUCGCUCUCUCCUCCUCGGUCUCCAAGGAAGAUAACUCGUCCAAAACUAUCCAUCCCACGCCACGCACUCACUCUCAGUUUCGAAAAUGUCACUUGCGCCUGCGGGGAACCGUUCAGGGGGUAUUCGGAUGAAGACUCGGCCGAGUUUUAACGCCGUCAGAGCGCCGAACGUGAGGGUUCAAGAUUAGUUAGCAUGCUAGGCGGCUAGCGGUCGCAUCAGGAAGAUUCCUGGCUGGACUGGCAGGAUUUGAGAUUCAGAAAUGGGCAAGUUACAGAGCAAGUUUCGCAAGAGGUCUGAGCUGUACAGGGCCUCAGAGGGUGAAAAGGCAGACGGUGCAUUAGACAGCCAGGUGGUUCAGUAUGAACCGGCCCAUCACGGCUCCGUCAACACCAUCACAAACCUCAGCGCCGAUCUGUGUGUUUCAGGAGGCACCGACCAGACGGUGGUGGUGUAUGACUGGAAACAAGGCCGCAUGUGUCAAUCCUUCCAGGGUCAUAACAGAGAGGUUACCAAGGUGGUGUGUUAUCCGGGCAGCACGUGGAUCUUCAGCGCCUCUCGGGACAAGACUGUCCUAAUGUGGGACUUGAACCAGGGGGAUGAGCCCAUUCAGGAGUUUUGCGGGCACCAGUUAGUGGUCAACGGGCUUGCAAUCAGCCCUGAUGGGAGGAAACUGUGCACGGGCUCCCGCGACAACUGCAUGUGCCUGUGGGACAUUGAAUCUGCAAAAUGCGAGCAGAGACACAACAUUUCCAGAAACCUGGUGACUCACGUGUGCUGGGUGCCAGGCAGCUCGUCGGUCGUCCAAACGUCGGAGGACAAAACCAUACGAGUGUGGGACAGCCGAGCGUGGCAGGUGACCAACACAUUUCCGGCCAAGCAAUACAUCCAGACCCACUGUGAUGUUUCUGACAAUGGAAAUUACCUGGUGUCCAGCAGCAACGGUUUCGGUGGCCAAGGCUGCGAGGCCACGCUGUGGGAUCUGCGUCAGCCAGGCUGCAAGGUGGUAGAGUACCGGGGCCACCUGCAGACCACCGCAUGCUGCGUCUUCCUGCCUGUGCCACAGGGGGGCAAUAGCGCCGCUCUGGUGGCCACAUCAUCCCAUGACAGCUCUGUCAAAGUGUGGGACCAGAACUCAGCAGUGUGUUUAGCCACGUUGUCGCUCGACGGCGCCGGUCCUCUGGUGUCAUUGGCGCCCAGCGACGCCUCCAAUGUGCUCUGCGCCAGCUUCAACAGUGGAAUUCAUCAUGUCCAGCUUCUUCAAACACCAGGGGCGGCUUCAGGAGCAGCUACCGAUACUGACGUUAGAGUGCUGUCCCGCUUCUAAAAGGUACCAUUUUCUAUGUAAAUGUGCUUCCAAAGUCAGACAAAAUCAUCAAAUCAUCAUCACACGCGAUGUCAGCAAGUCUUGUGGCACUUCAGAUCAGUGAGCAGUCACAGGACCGAAGUGUUAGGAUAACCAUGGAACAGGAACAGGAAGUUGAUAAACACACAAGAAUAAUAGGAUUAUAAAAUUUAAGUUCACAGUCUUCCUUUUAAAAGAAAAUAUGUAACAUCAUUAUGUUAGCAUUAACAUUCCUUGCCAUCCUACAAAAACGCAAGCAUCUCCAAAUUCUUUUUUUUUUCCAACAAAAUAUUUUUGGGGGAGAUUACAACAAAAAUACAAAU